CUGAGUUUAGGUUAUUUUAUUGUAUUAUUUUUCAUUGCUUUAAACAAUCAACUUUCCGGUAUUUAUUUACAAUUUAAAUUUUCAUCUUAUUUAUCAUCGAUUAGAAUAUUUUUCUAACAAUUUUAAUACAAGACAAAAAGAACUAUAAUUUAAAGAAUUGCAAAGGAAAGAAAAAAUGGUGAAGAUUUAUUGUGAUAUUUGUAAUGUAUAUUUUCCUCAUUAUUCAUCAUUAAAACGUCACGUGGCGAAGAAAAAACAUAAAGUGCAAUUUGAAGCAGUGAACAAGGAAAUAAGUGCAAUAACAUUGAAACCAAUUCUCGAGCAAUAUUUAAAUUUUGACAAUCAAUUGUCAUUGUUUUUAAAUGCAAUUGAAUUUAAUAAUAUGGAAACUGUGUACGAGAGAAUUUGUUCAUAUCUUUAUGAAAUAUUUCCACAAACUUUAGAAAAGUGUAGAAUACAAAAAUGUGGUUCCACAUUGACUAGAAUAUGUUUUAAGACAAGUGAUUUAAAACUCUACAUGUACUUAGAUAAUGAAACAAUUUCCAAGGAUAAAACUGAUACAUCUUCCGACACUGAGAAUGAAAAUGAGAAUAUUCAAAGGGUUUAUAAUGAAAUGACAAAAGUAUUUAGUAAAAAUCGUCAUUUAUUUGACAAUAUUGUACAUAUAAGAGUGCCAACGAUGCCAGUUAUUAAAUUUAUCGAGAAAACAACGAGGACAAGUUGUAAAUUAUAUUUUAGAAACAGUAUUGAAUUACACAAGAGUUUUUUAAUAAAACAUUAUUUAUCACUUGACCCACGAAUAAGACCAUUGUUGAUGAUUGUCAAAUAUUGGGCUCGACAUUGGAGAUUUACGAUUGAAACUCAAGAGGGAAAAUUGACAAAUUAUGCCUUAACGAUGUUGCUUAUAUUUUAUUUGCAACAAUUCUAUGUUGAUCUUGUGCCUUCUGUGAUGGAGCUGACGAAACAUUGUGAACCAAAAAUUAUUGACGGCUGGCAAGUGAAUUUUGAUCCCAACCAUAGGUGUCAUUUGACGGAUAAUAAAUGGAGCCUUCAAGAAUUACUUUAUGGUUUUUUCAAAUUUUACGAUGAUUUUAAUUUUGAAAAUUGUAUCAUUUGUCCGAUUGACGGAUGUGUCUAUCCAAAUGAGAAAUUUUUUGAUAUUAGUAAACUACCAGAAAGUAUGAACAGGUAUAAGGAGUAUAUGGAGAAGACCCGAAUGGCCCGCACAUUUGUUUCGGUACGGCCUUUGUGCAUUCAAGAUCCCAUCGAACUUAAUUAUAAUUGUUCGCAACAUGUUUCCAUCUUUCUUUUGAAAUCGUUGAAGAAACAAAUUUCGAAGGCUGUUGAAAUUUGCGCUGAAGCUCUGAAUAAUAAUUCCUCUCGUCUGCUGUUAAAUUUAGUUCCAGAUGUGCCUGAAUACGAAAUUGAACAUUUAUUAAGUGAAGAGAAUGAUACAUCAUCAGACGAUGAAAAUGAGGAGAUAAGAGAUGAAUAUUAUCUGAAAAUUUUGAAACCAAUUUUCGAAGGAAACAAUACUUUCGAUGAGCAAUUGAAAUCAUUCUUGAGUGUAACUGCGUUAAAUGAAGUUGAAAUUGCAGCUUUGUAUGAACCAAUUUGUCAGAAGUUGAAUCAAUUGUUUCGUCAAUCUUAUCCGUUGUCCACGGCGCAUAGAUUUGGUUCAACGGUAACUGAAAUUAGUUUUCAAAACUGCGAUUUGGACAUAUAUUUGAACAUAGGUGAAUCAAUUAGCAUCAAGGAUAAUAAGGAAAUGUUCGAUGAAAUAUUCUUGGAAGUGACGAACAUCUUGUUGAAAAAUGAAUUAUUUUACAAUAUUGUUCCCGUUUCGAAAGCUCGAGUACCAAUAAUUAAAUUUGUUCACGAACCAACGCAAAUUUGCUGCGAUUUAUCAUUCAACGGUUUGGGAUAUUACAACAGUCUUCUAAUAAAACAUUAUCUAUCGUUUGACCCAAGAAUCAGGCCCCUAAUGAUACUGGUGAAAUAUUGGGCAAAAUGUUGUCGCAUCACAGUGAAUACCGUGAGGAAUAAUAGAAAUUUGACAAAUUACGCAUUAGUAAUGUUAGUAAUAUUUUAUUUGCAACAACCAAAUGUGAAUAUAGUGCCUUCUGUGAUGGAAUUGACGAGGAAUUGUGAGCAGAAAAUUUUUGACGACUGGCAAGUUAAUUUUAAUCCCAACUAUCAGUGUCAUUUGAAGAAUGAUAACAAAUGCUCAAUUCCUGAAUUGCUUUAUGGAUUUUUUGAUUUUUAUGCUUUUUUUAAUUUCGAAGAAUUUGUUGUUUGUCCAGUUGAUGGUUGUGCACAUCCAAAGAAUAUUUUUAUAGAUGAUAAUAAGUUGCCCGAAAGCAUGCAUAGAUACCAGAUUUAUAUGAUGAAUAAUGAAGAUCGAGGACUGAAGGUGGAAAAAUUGUGCAUUCAAGAUCCUAUUGAGUUGAAUGCAAAUUGUGCUAAAAAUGUUUCCAGUGAAAUGGUUUACUUCUUUCAAUAUCAAGCAAUUACAGCGGCUGAAUUAUGUGCCGAAGCUCUAAAAAGUGAUUCAUCUGGAUUUUUAUUAGAUUUAUUCAGAACAAUAAUAUCAAGAGAAUGUUAGAUAUAAUGCAAAUAUUAGUGAGAAUUGAUAUUGAUGUUAAAUUAGUAUUUUAAUGAAAAGUGAUGUUUCUAUAGAAUCUGAUAUUGACAAGUUAAUAUUACUUUUAAAAUAUUUAAAUUUUUUACUUUUUAAAUACUUUUUCAAUUUUAAAAGUCCAGAAUAGUUGAAUAUUAAAUAAAGAGAAUAAUAAAGGAGAAUAUUUACAGAAGUAUUACUUGUAAUUGUUAUGACAAUCAGUUUAAUUAUACUUUAACACGUUA